CUCCCUCUCUCCCGCUCGACUUCGUCUUCUUCUCCUUCUCUUGACGUAGCUUCUUCAAAUUCCCUGCCGUAAAAUCGGUCUCAGUUUCUCUGCUUCCCCGGGCCCCUCCAAUUCGUCGAGCUUCCUUCUCCUCCGUCUCUCAGCUUCCCUGAUCAGAGAGAAUGGCUGGAAAAGUCGUUCCUGCUCAGCCUGUGUCUUUUGAGUAUGAGCUCUACGAAGGUGAUCCAGACCACCUUAGGACUGUGGUGGUCUCGGCGAGCCGGUCAACUCCUUGGAUCGAGCCUGGGAGUUUGAAACUCCGGCAGAGAAUUGGGAGGGGGCCGUUUGGUGAUGUUUGGUUGGCUACCCUUCAUCAAUCUGGUGAAGAUUAUGAUCAGUACCAUGAAAUUGCUGUCAAGAUGCUGUACCCGGUGAAGGAGCAUCACAUGAGAACUUUGCUGGAUAACUUCAAUGACUUGUUCCUGAAACACGAAGGGUUGCAGGGAGUGGCUUCACUGCGUGGAAUUUCGGUUCUAAAUGGAAAAAUAUGCUUGGUUAUGAGGUUCUAUGAAGGGUCUGUUGGAGACAAAUUAGCUUUCCGUAAAGGAGGGACGCUUCCAUUACGUGAUGUUUUAAGGUAUGGCAUGCAUUUAGCUCAUGGGAUCACAGAGCUUCAUGCCAAAGAUGUCCUAGUACUUAAUGUCAAGCCUUCGAAUUUCCUCAUCGAUGAAAAUGAUGAAGCGGUUCUUGGCGACAUGGGGAUUCCUUAUAUGCUUCUUGGAAUCCCAUCGUCUAGCUCAGAUAUGUGUCGCCGGCUUGGGACACCUAAUUACAUGGCUCCUGAACAGUGGCAACCAGAAGUAAGAGGUCCUUUAUCGCUAGAGACAGACUCUUGGGGGUUUGGAUGCAGCAUUGUGGAGAUGCUGACAGGUGUUCAACCAUGGUGUGGAAAAUCCGUUGAAGAAAUUUAUGAUUUGGUGGUUAAGAAGCAUAAGAAACCCACCAUCCCUGAGGGCCUUCCUCCUCCAGUUGAGAAUGUUCUCCGUGGCUGCUUCGAGUAUGAUUUCAGGAAUCGUCCUUUGAUGACCGACAUACUACAUGUUUUCAGAAGUUCUCGAAAUGCGGUGCAUGGUGAUGAUGGUUGGACUGGACUGGAGAGCAUAAUAAUCUCAGGAGAUUCAUCAAGUGGCACUUGCUACAAAGAUUGGUCCAUCUCAAAAGAUCACCUUCAAAUAGGAGACAUCGUGAGAUCUCGCAAGCCAGGCUACUCAUGUAAACCAGAAAAUAUGAAGGUCCCUGAAGGAACAGUGGUGGGUACAGAACAAGAUGGGUUCAUGCUGGUUAGAGUGCACGGCAUCCACGACCCUCUGAGGGUUCCGAGUUCAGCCUUGGAGCGCGUCAGCUUUGGUUUCGCUGCUGGUGAUUGGGUUCGACUCAAGGAAGGAGAAAUGAACCACCACUCCUCGGUGGGUAUUAUGCAUUCAAUAUCCCGGGAUGGCAGCGUAUCUGUUGGCUUUAUAGGACUGGACACUUUCUGGAAGGGGAAUUCCUCGCAGCUUCAGAUGGCGGAAUCCUACUUUGUUGGCCAGUUUGUGAGGCUGAAAGCAAAUGUUUUAAGUCCGAAAUUCGAAUGGCUUCGUGGUACCACUAGUGGUGCCUGGGCUACGGGGAAGAUCCGGUGGAUUCUUCCCAAUGGCUGCCUGGUGGUGAAGUUUCCAGGAAGGCUGGCUUUCGGUCGAGAGGAAAAGGCCAUGUGCCAUGCCGAUCCAGCUGAAGUGGAAACUGUUUCUUUCAGCAACUGCCAUGGCAUAGUGAGGAAGUACCAGCACCUUGAGGACUUCCACUGGGCUGUGAGGCCUCUCCUGGUAGCAUUGGGACUGUUUACAGCCAUGAAGUUUGGAUUUUGCAUCGGCAGAAGGUCGAAGGCGAAGAAGGGAGAAUGCCGUGUGAUCGUAGGCAAUCCUCAGAAUGGGGAAGGACCAUCCAGUGUUAAUGUCCGCAGCAGCAGCAACUCCAAAUGGCUUCCUCGCCAGGUGACACAUAUUCUCUCAGGUUCUUCUCGGUAAACCAUGAUUCUUCCGACGGCCAGAACUUGUUUGUUCUACUUGUACUUGCAACCUCUUAGCUUAGCAUACUUUUGGUCCUACUGUUGAUAUUUAUCUGGUGCUUAACAAGCACUUCCGCUUGUACAGUUUUCUGGUUCUCCGCUUUCUCCUCCUACCGCUAAAUUAUUGGAUUGGCUCUUAUCAUUUACCUCCACUUUCUAUGUCUC